AAUUUUGUAAAUAGAUUGAUUGUUCGUAUUUCGACAAUGUAUUUCCAUUGCAUCUGUAGUGCAUGCUUGAGUUGGAUGGCUUACCUGGCAUGGUACUACCUGGUGUUCCUGGUAGGUAUCUUUGUUUUUCUCGCAGCCAAUGACACCUGCUAUAACGGGGAUGGAGGAACAGGAGAAAUUGUUGGAAGAUGCAAUUGGAGUGGUAAAAGUCCAAGCUUUUCAGAUGAAACACUGUCUGGACAAAUCCAAACUAAUGGAUGCGCUAAAACAUGCCUCUACCAUGUUAGGAGAACUCAGGACUUCCCUUCUAAGUCCAAAAAGCUACUAUGAAUUAUAUAUGGCAAUCACAGAUGAAUUACGGCAUUUGGAACUUUAUUUGUUGGACGAAUUUCAAAAAGGAAGAAAAGUUACAGAUCUCUAUGAAUUGGUACAAUAUGUUGGCAAUAUUGUACCUAGAUUGUAUUUACUUAUCACUGUUGGUCUGGUUUAUAUCAAAACAACGCCUGGCUUAAAAAGAGAUCUUCUGAGAGAUCUUGUAGAAAUGUGUAGAGGCGUGCAACAUCCAUUGCGUGGUCUAUUUUUAAGGAAUUAUUUGUUACAAUGCACAAGAAAUAUCUUGCCAGAUGUCACCGAGGGUGAUGAUGAAGAUGGAACUGUUCGUGACAGCAUAGAUUUUGUUCUGAUGAAUUUUGCAGAAAUGAACAAAUUGUGGGUACGUAUGCAACAUCAAGGUCAUAGUAGGGAUAAAGAAAGAAAGGAAAGGGAAAGAGAAGAACUUCGGAUUUUAGUCGGAACAAAUCUUGUACGACUUAGUCAACUAGAAUCUGUAACAUUAGAUAAAUACAAAAAGCUUGUAUUGCCAGGAAUCUUGGAGCAAGUAGUUAGUUGUAGAGAUGCAAUAGCACAGGAAUACCUUAUGGAGUGUAUAAUUCAAGUCUUUCCUGAUGAAUUCCAUUUACAAACGUUAAACGCAUUUCUGAAGUCGUGUGCAGAAUUGCAAAAUGGAGUAAAUGUUAAAAACAUAAUUAUAUCAUUGAUUGAUCGACUUGCUGCCUUUAGUCAACGAUCCGAUGGUGUAGGAGGACCGGGAAGUCCUAGUCAAGUACCAGGAAUUCCACAAGAUGUCAAACUGUUUGAUGUAUUUAGUGAUCAAAUUGCAACUAUCAUACAGACGAGACAAGAUAUGCCUUCUGAAGAUAUUGUGUCCCUCCAAGUGGCCCUUAUAAAUUUAGCACAUAAAUGCUAUCCUGAUCGUGUGGAUUAUGUUGAUAAAGUUUUGUUUACAACAGUUCAAAUAUUUCAGAAACAAAACGUCGAUAAAUUGGAGUACAAUAGUGCUGUUUCAAGAGAACUAGUUAGAUUAAUGAAAAUUCCCGUAGACAAUUAUAAAAAUAUAUUAACGGUGCUUAAGCUUGAACACUAUGCUCCUCUUUUAGAUUAUUUUGAUUAUGAAGGCAGAAAAUCACUAGCUAUAUAUAUAAUAACAAAUAUUUUGGAAAAUGAAACAUUGAUUCCAAUGCAAGAGCAAGUAGACGCAGUGCUCUUCAUGGUAUCUUCCUUAGUGCAAGAUCAAUCAGAUCAACCGAAUAUUGAAGAAGAUCCUGAAGAUUUUGCCGAAGAGCAGGGAUUGCUCGGAAGAUUAAUACAUCAUUUUAGAUCGGAAACACCAGAUCAGCAAUAUAUGAUACUAAGCGCUGCAAGGAAGCAUUUCAGUGCUGGCGGUAACAAAAGAAUAAAAUUCACUUUACCUCCCAUAAUUUUCCAAAGUUAUCAGUUAGCAUUUACAUACAAAGCAUUGAAAGAUCAGGAUGACAUGUGGCAAAAAAAGUGUCAAAAGAUUUUUCAGUUCUGUCACACGACUAUCACAGCAUUGAUGAAGGCUGAAUUAGCUGAACUACCUUUAAGACUAUUUCUGCAAGGGGCAAUAGCGAUCGGAGAAAUUCGUUUUGAUAAUUUUGAAAUGAUUGCUUAUGAGUUCAUGAGCCAAGCAUUUUCGAUAUAUGAAGAUGAAAUAAGUGACUCAAAGGCUCAGCUUGCAGCGAUUACCUUGAUCAUUGCUACAUUCGAACAAAUGAGUUGUUUUGGUGAAGAAAAUGCAGAGCCUGUACGCAAUCAGUGUGCUUUAUAUGCUAGUAAAUUAUUGAGAAAGCCUGAUCAGUGUAGAGGAGUCGCUACUUGUUCACAUAUAUUUUGGUCUGGAAAAUCUUUGGCUACGGGCGGAAAAGAGAUGCAAGAAGGCAGCAAAGUACUGGACUGCUUAAAAAAAGGCAUUAGAAUAGCAAGCCAGUGCAUGGACACAUCUGUGCAAGUACAACUGUAUGUAGAGCUGCUGAAUCAUUACAUUUACUUCUACGAAAAAGGAAAUACAGUUGUAACCGUGCAAAUAUUAAAUCAAGUGAUUGCUAAAAUUAGAGAGGAACUUCCCAAUCUGGAAGCGAGCGAAGAAACCGAUCAAAUACAGAAACAUUUAGCAAAUACGUUAGAACAUUUAAGAAACAGGAUGGAGUCACCAGAUUCUGAUGGACUUUCCUAUCAAGGUCUUGUUCUUUAACAAUGCGAUCGGCAUUGUAAUUUUGUACAUAAAGUAUUUCUAUGAUAUAGAUAAUAUAUUGUAAAUUGGUUGCACCAACAAUAGCUAAGGAAAUCGUCCUAAAGACGAUUAAUCGACAAAUAUUCUUUUCGUAUUCGGCUAUAAUUGGUACAUUUUUACAACUACAAACGCUUACAAUUACACUUACGUAAUUAUAGAAUAAGUUUAAGACCUGCACACAGAUAAUGUACAUGUCAUUAACACAUCACUACUACAUCAAUAUCUCAUGCACACACAUAAAUUUUUGUACAACAGUAACGUUUUAAAUAGACGUCCAGUUCUAAGAAAUUCGCGCUUCUUCAUACAAAUUAUUAGUCUGUGAACUAUAUUUCGCAAGAUAGCACAGCUUUUAUAUGAUGCAAAUGCCACAACAUGACAGCUCUAUAGCGCCAUAUCAGAAAAAAAUGGUAAAGAUCUCAAUUUCAAAAUGUGUUUUAUCAUUCUCGGCGAAUAAAUUCCACAUCACAAACACGUAUUAAUACGUAUAUUUUAAUCCUAAAAAAGGAUUUUCGACUCCAAAAAAGAGAGAAAAGAGUCAUUGUUAUACAAAAAUUAUAUGAUUUAGUCGGUAAUAUAGACGCGCGGCUUUAGGAUCUCCUUAACAUUGAUUCUGAUUAACUUAAUUUUCAUUCUUUAUCUUUACAACAGA